GGUGCGACCGCCGUCAUGCCCGGUAGGAACAAGGCGACGUCCAGCUACAGCCGCCCAGAGCUGGCGGUGGGGCAGCAAGCCGGAGAGGGCAGUCGCGACGCCAGAGGCCGCUCGCCUCAUGGAGAGGAGGAGGACCGUGAGGACGUCGGUCCCGGCACGAAUCUCGGCGACCCUGAUAUCGUCAAGUCUCCUAGUGACCCUAAGCAGUACAGGUACAUCAAACUGCAGAAUGGCUUAUCAGCACUUUUGAUUUCGGAUUUGAAUUACUUGGAUCUUGCCCCAGCGGCUCUGUCUGAGGAGGAGGAAGACACUGAUGGGUCUGAAGAAGAAAGUGAUGAAGAUGAUGACUCUGGAGCUGAGAUUGAAGAUGGUAGAGAAGGUUUUGAUGAGGAGGACUGUGAUGAGGAGGAUGAGGACAAGGAUGGAGAUAAUGAGGAUUUCAAUGAUCCUGAUGACAGUGAAUUAGAAGAGUUAGCUGAAGAAGCAAGAAAGAGAGGCUCUACAGAAAAGCAGUCUGCAGCAGCCCUCGCCAUUGGUGUUGGCAGCUUCUCUGAUCCUGAAGACCUGCCUGGAUUAGCACACUUCCUGGAACAUAUGGUUUUCAUGGGCAGCUUGAAGUACCCAGAUGAGAAUGGGUUUGAUGUGUUUCUGAAGAAGCAUGGGGGCAGUGACAAUGCUUCCACCGACUGCGAGCGGACAGUCUUCCAGUUUGAUGUGCAGAGGAAGUACUUCAAAGAGGCACUGGAUAGGUGGGCACAGUUCUUUAUUCACCCACUCAUAAUCAGGGAUGCAAUAGACCGAGAAGUCGAGGCUGUAGACAGCGAGUAUCAGCUAGCAAGACCCUCUGAUGCCAACAGAAAGGAGAUGCUCUUUGGGAGUCUUGCCAAGCCUGGACAUCCGAUGAAGAAGUUUUUUUGGGGUAACGCGGAGACGCUCAAGCACGAGCCCAAGAGGAACAACAUUGACAUCUACACCAGGCUGAGGGACUUCUGGCAGCGCCACUACUCUGCUCACUACAUGACUUUGGUUGUGCAAUCUAAAGAAACACUGGAUACAUUGGAAAAGUGGGUGACAGAAAUCUUCUCCAAGAUCCCAAAUAAUGGUUUGCCCAAACCCAGCUUUGCCCACCUGACUCAGCCUUUUGACACACCAGAAUUCCACAAGCUCUACAGGGUUGUUCCUAUCAGGAAGGUUCAUUCCCUGAGUAUCACUUGGGCACUUCCACCACAGGAGCAGUAUUACAGGGUGAAGCCACUCCAUUAUAUUUCCUGGUUGGUGGGACAUGAAGGCAAAGGCAGUGUUCUUUCUUUUCUUAGGAAAAAAUGUUGGGCUCUUGCAUUGUAUGGAGGAAAUGGUGAGACAGGAUUUGAACAGAACUCCACUUACUCAAUCUUCAGCAUCUCUGUGACUUUGACUGAUGAAGGUUACAAGCACUUCUAUGAGGUGGCCCACAUUGUGUUUCAGUAUGUGAAGAUGCUGCAGAAGAGGGGGCCAGAUAAAAGGAUAUGGGAAGAAAUCCAGAAGAUUGAGGCUAAUGAAUUUCACUACCAGGAACAGACAGAUCCAGUUGACUAUGUGGAGAGCCUCUGUGAGAACAUGCAGCUGUUUCAGAAGGAGGAUUUUCUGACAGGAGACCAGCUGUUGUUUGAAUACAAGCCUGAGAUCAUUGCUGAUGCCCUUAACCAGCUCAGUCCUCAGAGAGCCAACCUGGUUUUGCUGUCUGCUGCCAACGAAGGCCAGUGCCAUCUGAAAGAGAGGUGGUUUGGAACACAGUACAGUGUGGAAGAUGUUGACAAGUACUGGAGUGAUUUAUGGGCCAGUGACUUCGAGUUAAAUCAGGAUUUGCACCUUCCAGAAGAAAACAAAUACAUAGCCACUGACUUUGCUUUGAAAGUUGCUGACUGCCCUGAAACAGAAUACCCGGUCAAAACAGUAAGCACUCAGCAAGGCUGCCUCUGGUACAGGAAGGAUGAUAAAUUCAAAAUCCCAAAAGGUUAUGUUCGGUUCCACCUGAUCUCGCCGCUGAUCCAGCAUUCUGCAGAGAACAUAGUUUUGUUUGACACGUUUGUGAACAUCCUGUCCCACAACCUGGGCGAGCCAGCCUACGAGGCAGACGUCGCUCAGCUGGAGUACAAGCUGGUGGCUGGGGAGCACGGCUUGGUCAUAAGAGUGAAAGGAUUCAACCACAAACUACCUCUUCUAUUUCAGCUCAUCAUUGAUUACUUGUCUGACUUCAGCUUUACUCCAGCAGUUUUUGAAAUGAUAACAGAGCAGCUGAAGAAAACUUACUUCAACAUCCUCAUCAAACCUGAGACUCUGUCCAAGGAUGUGCGCCUGCUGAUCUUGGAGCACGGCAGAUGGUCCAUGACAGACAAGUAUCAGGCACUGAUGAAAGGCCUCUCUGUCGAGUCUCUGGCCUCCUUUGUCAAGGCUUUCAAGUCACAGCUCUUCGUAGAGGGUCUGGUACAAGGGAACUUCACCAGCAAGGAAGCCAAGGAUUUUCUCAAGUGUGUCAUUGGAAAGCUCCAGUUUGCCCCCCUGGCCCAUCCCUGCCCUGUUCAGUUCCGGGUGGUGGACUUGCCAAGCACACACCUGCUCUGCAAGGUGAAAACGCUCAACAGAGGUGAUGCCAACUCGGAGGUGACCGUCUACUACCAGUCAGGUGCCAGGAACCUAAGGGAAUAUACCCUCAUGGAGCUGCUUGUGAUGCACAUGGAGGAGCCAUGCUUUGACUUCCUGAGGACCAAGCAGACCCUGGGCUACCACGUCUACCCUACCUGCAGGAACACCUCUGGGAUUCUUGGCUUCUCAGUCACAGUAGCAACCCAGGCAACUAAAUACAAUUCUGAAUUGGUUGAUGAGAAAAUAGAAGAGUUUCUUUCUUGCUUUGAAGAGAAAAUCAAGCAUUUAACUGAAGAGGCUUUUAGCACCCAGGUUACAGCACUGAUCAAGCUUAAAGAAUGUGAGGACUCUCAUCUUGGAGAAGAAGUAGACAGGAACUGGAAUGAAGUUGUGACACAGCAGUAUCUCUUUGACAGACUUGCCCGGGAGAUUGAAGCUCUGAAGUCUGUUACCAAAUCUGACCUGGUCAGCUGGUUCCAAGCUCACAGGACCAGCAAGAGGAAAGUGCUCAGCGUCCACGUGGUUGGGUAUGGCAGACACGAAGGGGACUCAGAGAUUACAGCAGUCCAAGGAGUACAGAACUCUUCCUCUGGUGAAAUACCUCAUCUUGUUUUCUUGCCCCCUACUUCUUUGACUAAUGUUACUUCCAUCAAGGACAUCAAAGCUUACAUAUCAACUCUGAAUGUGCUCCCUUACCAUAAAAUACUCAAAUAAAACUGAGGUGGUGCCCCUACUGCUGUGUAGUGCAGCUGCUUUCUGCAAUGCCAACACUACACCCCUGCUCCUGUUGUAACAGGGCUGCAGCAGGAGCUGGGAUGGAGGUGGCCAUGUGGAUCCUGAGGAAGCUUUCCUCAAGUAAGUUUCCAGCCACCCUUUCCCAUUCAUCUCCUGGGCUCAUGAGGAACACCACACCCCUCAGUUCUAACUGGAGCAAAAGCAGAGUUCCACCACCAGCACCAGAAAGAUGUCAGGUUCUCCCCUCGCGCUCUCUGAAGCGAUGGGCUGUGCCUUUUUGUUCAGACUGUCCUGCGCAUCACUCCUGCAGAGCUGGACCAGUUACAGCUCCUCACAGACAAUAUUCCACCCUUCUCCUCGAGGAGUUGGAAAAAAGAUCUUUGCAGUUUGAUUCUCUCACUGCCUUCUCCCUGCCCUCAGUCUUUCUGUAUGUGCAACACAGGCAAAGUUGAGCUGAAAUCAAAUAAAAGCCAGCUGGA